AUGAGAAAUGCAGCUCCAAAUGCUGAACUAAGGCUUGGACCAGGUCUUCCUGAAUCAAAAUCGACAUUGCCUACAGCCCCGCGUAACCCUAUCUGUGCUGUGAUUGCAUCGAAAACUGCGAACCUGGGUACUACACGACGGACUUCAGGUCCUACGACCACAAAUGAACGCCAUCGUGGUCAUGCUCGUGGUGGUUACAAAGAGGAUAAUUAUGCUGGUAAUGGUCGAUUCACACAGUGUCGGGAAAAAGGAAAAGGGAAAGCUUCCAUUGCGUAG